CAGCAAGUUGGGGCAUAACCAGACGUGGCUUUUGAGACCCAGAAAUCAGAGCUUUGUCAUAUAAAUACUGUGUAACCCUAGAUUUGAAUACAGAGUUCUCUUGAAAAGCAGGAGUCUUGAAGACUUAAAAUCAUUUAGUAUUUCUCAUUUUCUGUGUAAGUGCUUGUGAGAAAGAUGAAGUUCCAGGUGCUUCUGCUGGCCUUUGCUCUGGUGAUUGCCACUAACAUCCACUGUCAAGCCCAGCCUCAGCUGAGAGAUUCAGAUAAAUCUCCAGAGGUGUCCAGAAGGCAGGUCAGGACAUGCAACUGCAGUGGAAGAAGAUUUGAGAACUGUCCCUGUGAGCUGAAACGUCACAGUGAGUCAUGCAACCUGUAUUUACCCAGACCAUUUGUCUUUUACGUUAAACAGACCAGAUUAUGA